AUGGCUUUAUCGAAAAAUGCUUUAUCAAAACUACUCUCCAAACAGCAAUUUAUCACUAAAAGAAACAUCGUUACAGCCGGGAUAAUAAUUAUAGGCGACGAGGUGCUCCGGGGGCAUACGAAGGACACGAACUCCCAUUUCCUAGCCAAAGAAAUCCGAAAAACGGGCGUUCUCGUGAAAAAGAUAUCGGUCGUAGGCGAUACUGUACCCGAAGUGGCCGCCGAAGUGCGAUUAUUCUCCACUACUUUCCAUCAUGUAGUCACAUCCGGUGGAAUCGGACCAACACACGAUGAUAUCACAUACGAAGCCGUCGCAUUAGCUUUCAACCAACCGCUAGUGUUGAACGAAACUUUAAAAGAAAUUUGCCAGAAAUUCUACAAGACCAAAGACAACGAGGCUCCGGGCAUGAAAAUGGCAUAUAUUCCUCAGCAAGCUAAGUUGCUAUUCAGGCACGACGAUUUCCAGGAGCCUAUGCUGUAUCCUAACGUAUCAGUGCAGAACGUUUACAUGUUUCCGGGCAUUCCGGAACUGUUGAGGAAGUCCUUCAAUUGCGUGAAGGGGGCUUACUUUAAGUCUCCCGAGCGGUUUUAUACGAAAAGACUGUAUGUUAACCUUCCCGAAUCGCAGAUAGUGAGAAUAUUAGAUAAAAUAGUCAGGGAGAAUCCUGAUGUCCAAGUAGGAUCUUACCCUAAGUUGUUCAACGAGCAGUACAAAGUGAAGCUAACUAUAGAAUCUUUAAAUGAAAAGAAUACCAAAAUGGCGUUUGACAAGCUCGUGGCACUUCUGCCGAAGGAGCAUAUUGUCUGUGAAGAUGACGUAAUAAACGAUGAUUUAUAG